AUGGUCGUUCGUCCGUAUUUUACCAAAGAAAGAAAAGUGCUUCCUUUCGACAAACUCAUAGAGCUCGAACAAAUCGACGAGUUGACGUUCCGCUCGAUAACCAAAGGCUACUCACCAACAGGUGGAGAAAAUGGGACGUAUGGCGGUCAUAUUUUUGCGCAAGCUGCAUGGGCUGCAGCACAAACCAAUAUCACCGGCUGGUUCAACCUCGCUGGAAACCCCAAUGAGCACUUUACCUACCGAGUGGAGAAAAUGCGCGAUGGCUACAACUACUGCUCUCGCAACGUGACCGUGACCCAAGCCGCAGCAAAAGGCAGCACGUUCACAUGCACAUGUUCGUUCAAGCGAGAAGAAAGCGCAUCAGUCGAUGCCCAAGAGCACAUCAACCUAAAAGAAACGUAUCACGAAGUACUAAAAGGACGAGAAAAUGAACCAAUGCAGCACGCCCCAACCCCCAGCAACGACUCAGUUGCAUUCGUCGAAGACUAUCUCCCAGCCCACCCAAACCACUUCAACCCAGUCCCCGGCCUGCACCUCCGAAAAGUCGAAAUGGCAAACUACAACCGCACCCGCGCACCACUCGACCGAAAGCAACUGACUUUCUACUCGCUGCGAGGAUCGCUACCCCUACCCACAGCGCCCUUCCCACCUCCAUCAGAUGAUCCCAGAAAGACAAACCCAACCCGAGAAGCAAACCUACACGCCUGCACCCACCUCUACGCCUCCGACUGCCAAUCCCCACAGAUUGUCCCCCGGCACCUAGAUAAACCCCGCGACUUCACGCGCAUGGCAUCGCUCAGCCAUAGUGUAAUUUUCCACACGGGCAUCCGCGAUCUCGUCAUGGCUCCUGAGCCGCGGGUCGAUCAUCCGGACGCUGAUCCAACCUUCUGGGACGACGGGCCGCUGCCGGUGUGUAAUCUGGAGGGGUAUGGGAAGGCGGAUCGGGAUGGGAGGAAGUGGUUCGUGCAGGAGUCGUGGGUUACGCGGGCGGCGAAGGGGAGGGCGCUGUAUAUGAGUCGCAUGUGGGAUUAUGAGAGGGGGGUGCAUGUUGCGACUACUUUUCAGGAUGGGUUGGUUAGGUUUAGGGAGGAUGUGCGGUUGUAG